ACAUUGCCUAGUUGCAAUAUAGACGUGUAGUAAAAGACCUGCAUAAUAGCCAACUAGGGUAUUAGGUGCGCUCCCAAACCGACGAAAUGGCAGAUAGCACUGAAGGCUCCCGCCGUAGGCUAUCGGUCUUGGCCAGGCAGCUUACGGGCCAUGUGCGUAGCGUUCCGUCACGCGAAGCGGCUGAUCGGGAGGGAGCGAUGGACGCGACGCCCUUCGGCCUUGCGCCAUGCUCAGGCUUGGACAACAACUCAGGCGGAAUGCUCUCAGGACAGGUGGCACUCAUAACAGGUGCCGGCAAGGGCAUCGGCGAGGCUGCUGCCAAGCUCAUGGCAGCUCACGGCGCAGCGGUGGUGGUGGCGGACAUGGAUGCGGGCGCAGCGCAGCAUGUGGCUCGGGAGAUCCGGGUGUCAGGUGGCCGGGCGGUGGCGGUGGCGGGUGACGUCACGGCGCCGGACUUCCCGGAACGUGUGGUGGGGGAGGCGGUGGCGAACUUUGGCGGCCUGCACAUCCUGGUCAACAACGCGGGCUACACCUGGGACGGCACCAUCCACAAGAUGAGCCCCGAGCAGUGGGCCGCCAUGCUGGAGGUGCACUGCACGGCGCCCUUCCGACUCAUCCAGGCGGCAGCGCCGCUCAUGAGGGAUGCGGGCAAGGCGGAGAUUGAGCGCAGCGGCGAGGCGCGGCAACGGUGCAUCAUCAACAUCAGCAGCACCAGUGGCACGCACGGCAACGCGGGCCAGGCCAACUACGCCACUGCCAAGGCGGGGGUGGUGGGGCUGACCAAGGCGGUAGCCAAGGAGUGGGGCCCCUUCAACGUGCGCUGCAACGCCAUUGCGUUUGGCCUGAUCGACACGCGGCUGACCAGGGCCAAGGAGGGCGGCGAGAGCAUCGUGGUUGGCGGCAAGACGGUGCAUCUGGGUAUCCCCGCCGCCUCCUCCCACUGGGAGGUGCUGAAGCCGCUGGUGGCGCUGCGGCGGGUGGGCAGCGCGGAGGAGGCGGCGGGCGCGGUGCUGGCGCUGGCUAGCCCGCUGCUGAGCUACGUGACGGGGCAGGUGCUGGAGGUGAACGGCGGCUCGUACAUGUAGGAGGAGGGG